GGCGCGAGGCCCCGCCCCCUCCCGCCCGGCGCGCGGAGCCGCGUGCGGUCGGCGGCGGCCAAUGGGGCGUCAGUCCGCCUGCGCAGAUUCAAACGGCGGCUCGCGGGGGGGAGGCUGCGCGCGAGAUUCGGGCGGCACCGGCCGAGCGCGCCGCGAGCGCCGGCGGCUGAGCCCGAGCGGCGGUGGCGGCGGCCGGUGCGCGGCGGGGGCCGGGCGGGCACAGGGCAGCGCAGCGCAGCGGAGCGGCCCGGAGACGGAGGGAAGGAGGAGCGGCGGGCGCCGCCGGAGCCCGCGGCAGCUCUGACAGCAUCGGAGAGCGAGGCAUAGUAGGGGCGAGAAAGGGGCCGCUGCGCGCCCCGUCCUUGCGGGCAGCGGCCAGGCCGAGCCAUGCCUGACGCGCCGGGGCCGGGCCGGGGCUGAGGGCGGCCGCCGGGGCGCUGCGGGCACCGCGGGGAGCAGCGGGCCCUGGGAGGAUCCCUGCCCGGCUACAGGCAUUCUGAGCCGCCGGUCUGCCCCGCUACGUCUCUGCCCGGCUGUGAGAGAGGGAGCCCGGGCGACUCGGGGGCUCCGUGCUGCGCCCCGCGGCCGUGGCGGCCCCCCCUAUGGUGCGCGCCGAGGAUGGCGGAGAGACGGCGCAGUGAGGAAGACGAUGACUUUCAAUAUAUGGAUCAUGACUAUGAAGUACCACAGCAAAAAGGUUUGAAGAAGAUAUGUAGCAAGGUGAAAUGGACCCGUGAGGAGGAUGAAAGGCUAAAGAAGCUGGUGGAACAAAAUGGUACAGAUGAUUGGGCUUUCAUUGCUAGUCAUCUACAAAAUCGUUCAGAUUUUCAGUGCCAGCAUCGAUGGCAGAAGGUACUAAACCCAGAAUUGAUUAAAGGUCCCUGGACUAAAGAAGAAGAUCAGAGGGUUAUUGAAUUAGUUCAGAAGUAUGGUCCAAAGCGCUGGUCUCUAAUUGCAAAACACCUGAAAGGAAGAAUAGGCAAGCAGUGCAGAGAAAGAUGGCAUAACCAUCUCAAUCCUGAGGUAAAAAAGUCUUCAUGGACAGAAGAAGAGGACAGAAUAAUCUAUGAAGCUCACAAGCGUUUGGGAAACCGAUGGGCUGAAAUAGCAAAGCUUCUUCCUGGAAGGACUGAUAAUUCAAUUAAAAAUCACUGGAAUUCAACAAUGCGAAGAAAGGUGGAACAGGAAGGAUAUUUGCAAAGUGUUAUAAAGUCUGAAAGUGCUAGUUCUGCUGAACUUCAGCCCCAACCUUGUCUGACUAUGGAACACUUGCACACUCAGAAUCAAUUUUAUGUGCCUGUUCAGACACAUAUUCCAGCAUAUCAAUAUGCCUCCCCAGAAGGCAGCUGUCUAGAACAUGCUACAUCUUCUUCUAACAUAGUUCAGCAGCCAUUUAUUGAUGAUGAUCCUGAUAAAGAAAAGAAAAUAAAGGAACUUGAAUUGCUACUUAUGUCAGCAGAGAAUGAAAUCAGAAGAAAACAAAUGUCUUCUCAAGCUGGAAGCUUGUCUUGUUGGUCUGGAAAUUUUAUCAUGGAGGAUUGUAUGCCUAAUACACUAAGUAGCCUUGAGGAACAAACGAGUAAUUUCUACAGCAUGGAUGAGACCCGCAUCACACCUGUUCAGCAGAAUUCACCACCUAAGUAUUUGGGUGUAGAAGCAAAUAGAAUGUUAACACCUCUACAAACCAUUCCAGAAUUUGCAGAGGCACUAGAUCUUAUGGAAAUUGAUCCGGUAGCAUGGAGUGAUACGUGUUUCGAGCUUUCCGAGGCUGUUGUGUCCCCUGUCAAGCCAGCUCCAGUGAAACUAAUGCGGCUUCAACACAGCGAAGGGGCUGCCGAGUGCCAGUAUAAUGUCGGCGUUAUGCUCGAUGGCAAAAACCACAGCAGCACCAGUGGGGACGAGGAAACAGUUUUUUCAUCAACCUCGAACUUAACCAAGUUCAGCAAUCCACCUGCUAUCCUGAGAAAGAAAAAGAGAUUGCGUGUUGGGCAGUCCCCGGUGGCUGAGCUGAACGAUGGCUUGUGUAACGAUGCCGUCAAUGCCGCGCUAAAGCGGACGCCAGUGAAAACACUACCCUUUUCUCCAUCACAGUUUUUCAACACUUGUUCUGGAAAUGAACAAUUUAACUUUGAAAAUCCUGCAUUUACAUCGACUCCAAUCUGUGGGCAGAAAGUUCUUAUUACGACUCCUUUACACAAGGAAAUGACACCACAAGAUCAAAAGGAAAAUGUGGGUUUUAGAAGUCCCACAAUGAGAAGAUCUCUUUUGGGUUCAACACCAAGGACACCAACUCCUUUUAAAAAUGCUUUGGCUGCUCAGGAAAAAAAGUAUGGGCCCCUCAGACUUAUGUCACAACCACUCGCCUUCUCGGAGGAAGACAUUAGGGAAGUUUUGAAAGAGGAAACUGGAACAGAUAUAUUUCCCAAGGAGGAAGAUGACACUUUGUAUAAAAACUGCAAGCAGGAGCACAACUUUUCUAAAAAAGUCAGAAAAUCACUGGUCCUAGAUCCACAGGAGAAAGAGGAGGUUGGGGCCCAGCAUUUGACAGAAGAUAAUAGUUUAGAUGUACAGUCAAAAAAUGCAUAUACCACAUCUUUAUUAAUGACACCAUUGUUGGAAAUACAGGACAACAGAUGUAACCUGACAUCAGAAAAACAGGAUACAAAUCCAGCAAACAAAGCAAAUGCAGUAAUUAAGAAGAAACUGAAUGCAUGUGCUACAAAAAAUGUCAAAAUGGAGAAAACUCUUCAGCCAAGUCGUGACUGGGAGGCAGUUGUUUACGGAAAAACAGAAGACCAGCUUAUCAUGACUGAACAAGCAAGGAGGUAUCUGAGCACAUACACAGCUACCAACAGCAGUUCAAGGUCUCUGAUACUGUGAUGGUCACUGCAGCUGACAACCAUCUCUUUCCAUUGAAACUGAAACAAUGUUGAAGGCGAUUCCCGUGCGAUACUUGGGAAUUAAGUCUUUGAGAGAGUCUGCCAAGGGAAACCUUAAAGCUACCUUAAAGCUUCCUUUCUUCUUUUGACUGACAAAGAACAGACAUGAAGCUCUUGCAUUCUUUACGAAGGGAUACCGCAAACAGUUCUGCAAUGAAUUUUUUAGAUAUUAAAAGAGUAACCCCCUAAAAUAUAAAGAAGGGUAAAAUACAUUGCAGCACUGACAACAUACAGUUUUUAGGUCUAUUUUCAUAUUUAUUCUUUUGACUUGCAUCGCUUUUUUAUCUGUUAUAGCAUUUUCAAUAUAGAGUAGGUUUAUAGGUCGUUACUGGUUUCCAAAUGAGCAACAUACAUGACUGAAUGUGCUUUUGCUUAUGUAGCAUUUUUCUAGUAUAUAAAGAAACACAAUGGAAAGGAGUACAAAGGAAGGAUAGAAAGUUGCACUACUAAUUUUUUUUGGUAUGCUGCAAAACAAUGAAAUUAACUACAGUGUUAAAUAUAUUUAUUUGCAAAUGGUACUAGAAGUAGGCAGAGGGGGGUGAAUUAAGUUUAGUGUAAAGCAUCAGUAUUUUCUUCAUAAAUCUCAAAGUGAGAUGAUUGUUGAAUGUAUUGUACAGUAUGUAGGAACAAGCAAAAUUUUGUAAAUUGGAAAGGAGUCUGUUUUUAUAAUUUAUUUCCAUUUCAAAGCUUAAAUGUAGAUAUUUAUAUGUAUGCAGGUUGUCUAGAGGCCAAUGUUGUUUCCUGUUAAAACAGCUAAAAUGGAAAAAGGACAAGUUUAAAAUAUAUGAAAUAGCAGAAGAAUUACAGUGGUGAAGUGUAAAAAUCUAUACUGUAUGUUACAUCUACAUAAAGAUUGCACUAUAGCCCUAAAAUCAUGUUGGUCUACAACAUAAUUACAAGGUAUUCCUAUAUUAUACAGCAACUGUUCCUGUACCUUGUUUAAAUAUAUUUAGAAAGAAAUGGUGGGGUCUUAUAUGUGACUGAGGAGUACUUUGUCCUGCAUAGGAACUAAAAACUAAUGCAUUUACAAUAUGUAUAUUUUAUUCCUUUUUUUUUUUUUUUUUAAGAAACUUGGCACCUUGGAUCUCAAAACAAUUUAUCUGCACUUAACUUUGACCAUUAUAUACUGACUAAAUGUUUGAAGAGCAAAGAGAACAUUCUUUUAUUUAUGAAAAAUCUUUGUCCUUAUUUAAAGGUAUACAGGUCACAACACUUGCUUUAGUUGCCUAUUUUAGGUAUUUGCACUUAUUUUAUGUCUUUAUUUUUGGUUUUGAAGGAAUGUUUUGGUUUGCUUUUGUUGUAGAGAUUUUUAUGUAGUUAAUUUCGAGCAAGUUAUAAUGGAGUGCUCUCAACAGAAUACUGACAGGUAAAUAGAAUUGUACACUGUAGUUUUAGUUAUUUAUAAUUCAAACACUCUUCCUCUCCACUCCCGGGUGUGCUGCUACAGAUCGUGGCAGAAUCGGCUUGCUGCUAUGAGAGAUGGAAAGAGCGAGCAUCAUAUGCACUGUAUGUAAAAUUACACGAUGUCAGGUUCUCUAGUUAACUUUAUGAGAUCAACCAGUACUAUGCAGGGUGUGGAAAGUGUUCCUAACACUUUAAUAUCAAAGAUGGUAGAGAAGAAUUAAUUAAUGGUGAAAUUUAACAUAUGAUGAGCGGCACAAGGAAGGUAAUGGGUUCUUAAACUUUUUUAAAGCAUCUCAAAGCUUAUACGAUCCUUGUUUUUAUGAGCUUUUUGAUAUUGGCUCUGACAGUAAUAGGCACAAACAUUUUUAGCAGUUUUUAAUUCACAUCAAAAUUUUAAGGGGGGCGGGAAUCCUAUUAUAAGCGAGGGAUCAAUAAAUGCCCAUCAUGCCAGGAUUACUCCUCACCUAGCAAAAUUUAAAGGAGUCAAUUGGAAUUCUUGGCAGUACUAGAUUUAGGUGUGCAUUACCAGAAUGGAUUUAACAGCAACAUGUAAUGCUGGAGACAGCAUUUAGUUCACAAAAAAUGAAAUCAGACAUUAAGACAGAAUGACUAUCUAGAAUCUGGAUGGUAUAUUGAAGUAGAAAUGGUAUCAUCAAAGCUACCUAUACCAAGUUUAAGCAUAGAUUUAUGGUAAGUAGUAAUAAUUUGUGUUGGUAUUGGUUGGAUCGUUUAGUUAACUCCUACUUUGUUGCUUUAGCAGGAAGGUUUUAAUCUUUCAUAUGUCAGGCAUCUUAUUACUUUUUGAAUGUUGUGUGCAUUUGCAUUUCUUUCAGUUUAUAGGUAAAUUGUACAUGCAGCAGCCAAACUUGCAUGAAACCUAAAUACAUACUACACCAUAUUUUUGUUCUGAGGUUUGACAUGACGUGCAACAAAUGCCUUGUUUAUCUUAGUUUUUGUUGUACUACAAACUUCCUUUUAUGUAAGAGAAUCUCACAAUACAGACCGCGUUAAUGUCAGAAAUAAAGCAUCUAUG